UUCCAUGACAACUAGAUGUCCCACUGUUGCGGAACUAGAACUCAUCACAAAAAAGCCCAACAAUUAUUCUAAUGUUGAAAAAAUAAAAGUUUAAGGGUUUUAUUUGCAAGCAGGAAGAAAAAAUUCAACUUUUUUUUUGCAGUAAUAGGGGGUGGAUUGCUCUGUCUUGAUUAGUUUGUUUUCUUGUCUUGAACUCUCCGCCAUAUUUGAAGACAUUUAUUCUGUUUGGGAGAAAGGCAGUGUUGUGUGUGAGGUGCGAUUCGUGUGAGUUUUUUUCUGCGAAACGCAAAGAUUCCCGUUCGUUUUAUUUAUUUAUUUAUGUAUUUAUUUAUUGUAUAUAACAUGUAGAGUUAUUUGAAACAGUCUCAAUUUUAAAUGAUAACGGUUGCAGAUUUAUUUUUUAAUUUGAAGCUACACAGGGGGUGUACCUUUUCUGGUCCCUCUAUUUGCUUUCGGUAUGUUUUCUAAAAAAACGCAUGGGGACGUUAAGAAAUCGACACAGAAAGUGCUGGAGACCAAAAAGGAUGUCCUGACUCGCCUCAAACACCUACGAAUUGUCAUAGAGAAUGCUGAAUCAGUUGAUCUGAAACAUUUUUUUGACCAGAAUUAUUCACACAUCUUCUAUGUUUUCUUUGAAAAUUUUGUGACCAUUGAAGUUGGUCUUAAACAGAAAGGUCAUAAAUCGCAAAGAGAAGAACUAGAUUCUAUCCUUUUUAUAUUUGAGAAAAUUUUACAACUUCUCCCUGAAAGAAUACAGGGAAGAUGGCAGUUCCACAGUAUAGGCCUAAUUUUAAAGAAGCUCCUGCACACUGGAAAUUCUUUGAAGAUCCGCAGAGAGGGGGUUCGUCUCUUUCUCCUGUGGAUGCAGGCACUCCAGACUAACUGCAGCAGAGAACAGCUGUGGAUGUUUGCUUGUCUGAUACCUGGCUUUCCACACCCACACUCCGAACAUGGACCUCGAACCCUGGAAAAUCUUAUCAACCCUCCACUCAGCCUUCAAGAAACACAAGUCACUCCAGAAGAGAUCACUCCCCUCGUCCCUCCUCAAUCAGGAGAUAAAGGACAAGAAGAUCUUGCAAGCUAUUUUUUAGAAGCACUUUUAAAAUACAUGGUAAUCCAGGCAAAGAGUUUGCAAUGGAAGAACAAAGAAAACCACGAAAAGGGCUUUGCUUUCCUAUUUGUAAAUUUCAAGAAGUAUUAUCUUCCUCAUAUUUUCCCAAAUUUUUGCAAGGAGACCAGUUUAUAUAAUCCUAUAUUAGAGGUCCCUCACAUGAGACCAAAGCCACACUAUGUUAUAGUAAAGAGAGACCCAGAGACCAAUGAAGCCAUCUAUUGCACUAAAGAGAUGUUCCUGAACGCUCGAGUCAUAUUCAUUCGAUGGUUGGUCUCCUUCUGGCUGGAGCCCAAAUCAAACACAGGGACUCAUAUCCCUGGUACUGAAGGAGAAAACGUACCAAAGAACAUUCAGAGAGCAGCAGUAGGAUUGGCUGCCAGGGAAGAUGGUGCCCCCCGACCUGAUAAUGUAGAUGGGAACACGCAGCCAGAGCAAUCUCACUCGAACACCAGCACCCUGACAGAAAGGGAGCCAAGUUCUUCCAGCCUUUGCAGUUUAGAUGAGGAGCAUCUCACAGACAUUGAGGUGGUCCGGAAGGUCUUCUGCUCCUCCAGAACCAAUGUCAACUUCAUGACUGAGAUCUUCCGGCAGGCCUUCCUGCUGCCAAUCUGUGAGGCAGCUGCCAUGAGAAAGGUGGUGAGGGUUUACCAAGAGUGGAUUCAGCAGGAAGACAAACCCAUUUUCAUGAGGGAACCUGAAGAAGUACAAUACUCUCCGGCCACCAGUGUCAUCCACCUGGAAACUGCAGGGGAACACAUGGUGGAGAAAGACAAGGAGGAGGAAAAAGUUGUAAAGGCACCAGAGCACACACGGACCCCCAGCUGGACAAGAAACUCCUCUUACCAAGAUGCCAUCAACAAGGUGCCGGAGUCCGAGCUUGUGGAGCAUAAUGUAGCAGCAGGUGCACAAUCCACACUGCAGGUUUUCAUUACCAACUCUUCCAAUGUAUUUCUUCUGGAACCUGCUAAUGAUGUUAAAUUCCUUCUGGAAGAACACAUUGAUAUGUGUAAGCGUGUCCUCAACAUUUAUCGCAGCCUGGUUAUGCAUGAAACAAUGGAUCAGAAAACAUGGGAGCAAAUUCUUUUAGUUUUACUCAGGGUCACAGAGUGUGUGAUGAAGAAACCGCCAUCAACAGUGCCACAUGGAAAAAAGAUGAUGACCCUUGCAGGACGACUUGCCGGGGCAGUAUUUCAGACACUAAUCGUAGCCUGGAUCAAAGGGAACCUGAAUGUGUACAUCUCCAGGGAGCUGUGGGAUGACUUGCUCACUGUGUUGUCGACGCUGACCUGCUGGGAGGAGCUUGUCACUGAGUGGUCACUGACCAUGGAAACCCUGACCAAAGUGUUGGCUAGAAACUUGUACAACCUAGACCUCCAUGAACUGCCACUGGACAAACUGAGCGAACAGAAACAAAAGAAGCACAAAGGCAAGGGAGGUGGUCAUGAGUCUCAGAAGUCAUCAGUGGACAAGUCUUUUUCAAAGGGCUGGAGCCGGGAUCAGCCUGGACAGGCUAUGAUGAGACAGCGGAGUGCCACGACUACAGGCUCCCCGGGCACAGAGAAAGCAAGACAUUUUAUACGGCAGAAAACUGUUGCCCUGAGAAGCUGCUCCACUGGCGAUAGAAUCUUGUCUUCAGCCUUUAUACGCAGCGCUAAAAGUGCACCUGUCCUGAUCCACCCUCUCCACCCUCUCCUGUCUGAUACUGUCCUCGCUCCCUUAGCUGGUGGACUGUCAGAUAUCGAGGACCCUCAGGUGGUGCCCCGUGCUCCUCGUAUGAGACACUUUUCCCAGAGCGAAGAGACCGCCCCUUCAGAGGUGUUCACCACAGCGGGUGAGGAGCAGCCACUGCCCCGGAGCAGCAGUACGUCUGACAUCAUGGAGCCCUUCAUCGCUGAGCGGGUCAAAGGUGCACUUCCUGUACUUGACAGUCCGUCCCAUGGCACUUCCAUCUCGCAGAGUUCCUGUGAGGUCUCCACGUGGUCUGUGUCCACUGGGAGUAACGUUGCCGGUGCGAACAGUAGAGAGACCUCACUGGAAGUGGGGGAUAGCAUCUACGACCACUUGUGUCAGCUGGUAGGCCCUUCGGAGCGACCUCAACCAGCGUUUCUGCAGAGUCAGUCUGUAGAUUGCGAGGGAGAGGAGGACUUGCUUUCAUCUCUCAGAGAGUAUCUGAAGGAUAAGGGGGAAGUGAACUUUAGGGUUGAGGGGGAAAGGAAAGCCAUGCUUAUUGCUCUGAACCAGGUUAUGGAAAGCCAAGAUUUACAGGUGAUGGACAGGUUGGAGUUUGUAGAUAAAAUAAGCAUGUGUAAUGAAGGAAACAUUGACUGUACAGCAGAUCAGCAUUUGGAGGACAAUGUAGGUUAUUCAGGGCAGAAUUUUUUUGAAGGCAGAGAUCUUGCUAAUAAAGAUGAUCAACACAUGUGGGAGGAUGUCCUGGAGGCAGAGGGGGAAAUGCCCAGUGGUAAAGAGAACCAGAAAUGCUUAUAUAGGCAGGCAGCCACAGAAAUAGAUUCAAGCUUUGAGGGGGCAGCAGUAGAAAGGGGCAGGAGUGAUAUGAGUGUCCAUUCCAAUGAGGAAGCAGCACAGGUCUUGCAUGCAUACAGGAGGGAAUUCAUCUCUCAGAUAGGUACUGAAGCACCCAGAGCACUGGGCACUACAGCCCUUAACAAGCACACGUCCAGCUUUGCAAUUCCCAAACACCGAAUAAAUCGAAUGGCAGACAAGAAACGACACGGCGGCGUCCAUGUCAGCUUUAGGCCCUCCACUGAGUCUGUUCAGUUCUAUAACCAGCUAGAGACCAAAGAGGCGCCAUGGAAGGCCAGGCUUAAGAGACUGAGUGGCUUUAGUGGUGGAAGUAGCAGUGGUGGUGCCGUGGCAGCUGAUGUCAGACCCAUUGGCUGUAAGCCACAUGGUCUUAUGUCUGCCAGUAGUGAAAGAGGUAAAGAUGCAGCAGGGGGAAUCCUAUCGGGGGAUCAGCUAGAGAAGGAAGGUGCAGUAAGCAGCCAUAUUAGUCGCAGUUCAGGCAGAUCCACAAGGGUGCAGGAAGCAGGGCAGCAGACUCCACAACAGCAGCAGCACGGCCCCCUGGGUGGUGUCUAUAAAUCUGUUGUACAUGCUCUCUCCAAGCCAAAGGCAAGCGUUUCCCCACAGCGGCAGAGCAAAGUGCCAGCAGAGGCGCCACUGAGGGAUCUGUACACUCAUGUAAUGGGCUAUUUUGGAAGGAGAGCACCAGCCAACAAGGAGGACUUGAGCCAAAAGAUUUGUCCGGGCUCCAUAGACACUGGAAACAGCAAUCCCAACAUCAGUGAUCUUAUGGAUGAGUUUAUAGCAGAGAGGCUGCGAGCCAGAAACACAUCUGGCAUUACAAGGAGAGGCAGCAGCCCUGGGAGCCUUGAAGUCCCUAAAGACUUUCCGGACCUGCUGAACAGGCAGAAUCCCAUGCGACCCGUAGACGACCCAGGUGUCCCCUCAGAAUGGACUUCCCCUGCCAGUGCGGGCAGCAGUGACCUCAUCAGCUCCGACAGCCAUUCUGACUCAUUCAACGCCUUUCAGUAUGACGGACGCAAAUUUGAAAACUUCAGUUUUGGCCCUGAAGCCUCCUCUCUAGGUACUGCAGAAACCGAUGGGGCUCAAAUCCGACCACAGACAGCUGAAGAGCAAGAGCUGGCCAGCCUGACUACCCUGCACAUUGACUCAGAGACGAGCAGCCUGAGCCAGCAAGCUUUAUCAGCUGACGCCGUCACAAUCACUGGAUCUGAUAGUGCCUCACCGAUCCAUUCAGCCUCAGGCUCAAGGUCCGAAACUCCUUCUCCUGCCACUCUGAAUGCUGAGCACAUGGAGCAUAAGGACUUGCAGUUGGAUGAUAAACUCCACCACUCUGUCUUACAGACUCCAGACGACCUAGAAACCAGUGAAUUCCCAACAGAGGACUGCAGUGUGAUGGCAGGAGGCACUCUCACUGGCUGGCAUGCAGAUGUUGCCACGGUGAUGUGGAGGAGGAUGCUUGGGAUUUUAGGAGAUGUCAAUUCCAUCAAAGAUCCAGAAAUUCAUGCACAGGUGUUUGAUUAUCUGUGUGAGCUGUGGCAGAGUCUGGCCAAGAUCAGAGACAAUCUGGGCAUAUCAGCUGACAACCAGGCAUCUCCUCCACCACCUGAACUGAUACCACCUCUCCGCAUUUUGACUCCCUGGCUUUUUAAAGCAACCAUGCUGACUGAGAGGUACAAGCAAGGGAAACUUCACGCCUACAAGUUGAUCUGUAAGAUCAUGAAGAGAAGACAGGAUGUUUCUCCAAACUCUGACUUCUUGACACACUUUUAUAAUAUAAUGCACUGUGGACUGUUACAUGUUGAUCAGGACAUUGUCAAUACAAUCAUCAAGCACUGUUCUCCACGCUUCUUCUCUAUUGGAUUGCCUGGUGCUACAAUGCUGAUCUUGGAUUUCAUCAUCGCGGCUAGUAGAGUGACCACCUCAUCCUCCCUCAAUGCUCCAAGAGUGGAAGCCCAGAUAUUGUUGGGUUCACUGGUCUGCUUUCCCAAUCUAUAUGAAGAGUUGCCUGCUCUUCACCCUACUACAGCUGAUAUGAUGCUAACUCGCUUCACAGAUGUCAAGGAGCAUAUAAUAAAGAACAUACUGAGCUCAGCCAGGGAGGAGCCAUCUGGACCAGCUCGGUGUGUUGCUCUGUGUAGCCUUGGCAUUUGGCUAAGUGAGGAGUUGAUACACGACACUCGCCACCCUCAGAUUAAAGAAGCUUUGAAUGUCAUUUGUGUAACCUUGAAGUUUCCAAAUAAAACUGUUGCACAAGUUGCUUCUGACAUUCUACACCUGCUCAUAAACUAUGUGGAUAAUCUUCAGCAUUUCCCAGCUGACUCGCCCAAGAAAAUAAUUGAGAUCCUUAUAGCAACCAUUACGUACCUGCUGCCUUCUACAGAAGCUUCUCCACAUGAACCAGACAAGAGGCUGCUGGUGUCCUUGCUUCUCUGCCUCUUGGACUGGGUAAUGGCCUUGCCACCAAAGAUUUUGCUGCAACCAGUUCACACUACUGGGUCUGACAAGGACUGGUCUGACACAUCUGUCCUGAGCUGUAUUUAUAAGGUUCUUCAUGGAUGUGUGUACGGAGCACAGUAUUUUAACAAUCCAAAAUAUUUCCCUCUUAACUUGGCGGAUCUUGCGUCUGCUGACUAUGAUCCCUUUCUGCACUUGGAGAGCCUCAAGGAGCCUGAACCCCUGCACUCUCCAGACUCCGAGAGGUCAUCCAAACUGCAACCUGUCACUGAAGCGAAAAGCUGCAUGCAGCAAGGUCUAAUCUCCAUAGCGGCCCGGACAGUCAUAACUCACUUGGUCAACCACUUGGAGCACUAUCCCAUGAGUGGUGGGCCGGCAAUGCUAACCAGCCAGAUCUGUGAAAACCAAGACAACCCCUACAGCGAAUGCCCUGAACUUUCCCCAGAGCUGUUUGAAAGCCCAAACCUGCAGUUCUUUGUGCUGAACAACACCACCCUGCUAUCAAGUCUCCAGAUCCAUGCUGAGGAUAAUGUCCCCGGUGGAGGGAUGUCAGCUGGUCUCACCACCACUAACUCAAGCGUGAGAAUCAUAGUGCGGGAUAUCUCUGGAAAGUACUCGUGGGACACAGCAAUCCUAUACGGGCCUCCCCACUGCAGCCAGCCAAGCCAAGCUCUAAAACUGCCUCCAGCCCGGCCUCUGGUGGAACGGCAGCAGUGCCUGGAUGACAGUGAGGAUGAGCAGCAGCUGCAGAGUGAGGCAGUGGAAGAGGAGGAGGAGGAGGAGGAUGAUGAAGCAAUGAAGGACUUCAUGGCCCCUCAAGCCAAGCGGAGGUGUAGGGAGGUGGUGCCCACUUGGGAUGCUAUCAGGGAUGACGAGGAUGCCCUGGAUGAGAUGCUCCAGUACCUGGGCACCACCAGUCCAGAGUGCCUCCAACGAGCAGGCAUGCCGCUCAAUAUCCCUGCCCUGCCCCCUACCUGCAUCUCUGAGAAACAGGAGAACGAUGUCAUGAACGCCAUCCUGAAACAGUACACUGAGGAGAAGGGGUUUGCAGACAAGUGCAACAAUAACCUGAACAUGAGAGCCAUGGAACAAGAGGAGCCAUGUCCGCAGAGACCCCAGUCAGCCUUCUACUAUUGUAGGCUGCUUCUGAACAUCCUGGGCAUGAACUCCUGGGAAAAGAGGAGCAACUUCCACCUUCUUAGGAAAAAUGAGAAGCUGCUGAGAGAACUUAAGAAUCUGGACUCCAGACAAUGUCGGGAAACACACAAGAUAGCAGUGUUUUAUGUUGCUGAGGGACAGGAAGACAAGCACUCAAUCCUCACUAACACAAGUGGAAGCCAGGCCUAUGAGGACUUUGUCUCGGGGCUCGGCUGGGAGGUGAAUCUCACAAACCACUGUGGGUUCCUGGGGGGACUACAGCGAAACAAAAGCACUGGCUUCAGCACUCCUUACUUUGCAACAUCAACUGUGGAAGUGAUGUUUCAUGUGUCAACAAGAAUGCCACCUGAUUCUGAUGACUCCUUAACAAAAAAGCUGAGACACUUGGGCAAUGAUGAAGUGCACAUUGUCUGGUCUGAACACACACGUGACUACAGGAGAGGAAUAAUUCCAACAGAAUUUGGAGAUGUUCUGAUUGUCAUAUACCCAAUGAAGAACCAUAUGUAUAGCGUCCAGAUCAUGAAGAAGCCUGAGGUUCCAUUUUUUGGUCCUCUUUUUGACGGGGCCAUUGUCGAUGGAAAAAUACUGCCCACCAUGGUCCGUGCCACAGCAAUCAAUGCCAGCCGCGCUCUGAAAUCUCUAAUUCCAUUGUACCAGAAUUUCUACGAGGAGAGAGCACGUUACCUGGAAACCAUUGUGCAUCAUCAUCGAGAACCCACCACCUUUGAAGACUAUGCUGCUCAAGUCUUUUGUCCAGCCCCAUUUCACCACCUACCAGCCGAUGCAGAGAGAAAUGCUGUGAUAUUUCUGCUCCUUCCCAAACCUCCACUAGAAAACAUUGACCUCAUCAAGGCUCAUGUCCCGAGAACCAGCAAGUCGAAAAUCAAGCAGCGCAGUUAGACGGGAACGACUUCGCCUCACCAAUGUCUCCUCGUGCUAGCAAGAGCCGCAUGUCCAUGAAACUGCGUCGCUCCUCCGGCUCUGCCAAUAAAUCCUGAUGAUCACAAUGCAGCAUGAACUUUAAACAAAGGACACACUCGUUCCUUUACUGUUGAAAAAGGAACACUUGCUCUGCCCAGCUAUGGUUUUAUAAUUUUCACUUGUGUACAGAAAAAAAAAGCAAAUGUAUUUAAAUUGUGUUCCUGCCACACACAAAGCAGCUCAUCCAUCCGUUCACACACAUGUUCUUUUAUUGAAACACUGGAGUUUUAGUGUCACCCUGUGUAUUUUUUAUUUUAGACGUUGCUACCUAAUUUUGCUUUCAGUGCAAUGAAUGCAGCCAUUUUUUUCUCCACAUGAAUAUAAAUAAUAGUAGUUGUACAAGAUAAUAGUCAAAUAUAAUGAAGCUUGUUGGUAUAAAAUUGCAUUCAUUUUUGUUACGGUUGGUGAUAGAGUAUAUAAAAUACUUACAGUCGUUUAACUAGGUAUGACAAUACAAAAUGCAGGUUUUAUUUUUAGACAUGGGUUUUAAACAAAUGCAGGCAGUAGCAAAGGCAGAUGCUCAGUUUUCAAGGAAUCGUUUUUGUUGCCAAACCAAAGGCUCAGACAUUAUACUGUAAUUCAUUAAAUUACAGGAACAUCCAAGCAUUUAAAAGGCUGCUUUGUUUAUUCCACUAUACAGUAAACGGUAUGUAGGAGUGAGCAGUUCAAAGGUUCCUACACUACAAAUAUGUGUUAUAAAGAAUGUUGUAAUGUGAUUGGCUUCCUUUUUAUACAGUGAACAUGUGGGAAGAUUUAUUAUGUUUUAAAACUUGUAUUGUAAUAGUAAAACAAAUAAAUAUGUACUUUAUGGCCUUUAAGCAUUUCAAGUUAGUUUGCCAAAAAAAAAAGUCAAGUGUAACUUGCAUAACUCUUCUUCCUUUAAAACAGCUCUGUUACUGAUCCUGAUCCCGAUCCCAGAUGUUUCUGUGCUAGGUCAGUGCUGGGGUUUGUGUUGGAGUGAUUGCACAGCUCCAGUGUGUACACUGAGACCAGCUGGGUUAAAGGGUUAGACAAUGGCAAGGACAGUUCAUUGAAGUCCCCCCUAGCUGAACUACAACCACAAUAAAUCAGCUAUUGUGAGCUUCAAAGCCGGCAUGACUUUAAAAUGAGUAUCAAAAAGAUUUGCAAUACCAAUGUAACCCUUGUGACAUAAAUUGGCAGUUUUAAUAUUUUGGGAUCGUUAGACAACAUAACAAUUUUAAUUGGCCAAAGGGUUUUUUUUUUGUUUUUGUUUUUGUUUUUUUAAAUAAGUAUCUGGGUUCUCUAAAAGGGUUGAAAAGAGAACAUUACCACGUGUGGUCUAAUAUAUAAUUUGGAUUUAAUUUUAUUUUGUUACAUGUUUAACACUUAGAAUGCAGGUUGGUGUUUUAUUUUUUUAGUUGAAUUAUCAAAUUUGUAUUUUAUUCCCUAUAAUGUUAACUAUUUGAUUAUUAUGAUUAUUAACUCGUUCAGCACUAACUUUACUGAAAGGUAACGUAGUUUUAGUUUGUAUGUCUGCGGUUGUGAGUUUAUUAGAUUUCCUAGUGUAGUGUUUAAAGAGUUAAAAUAAACACAACCUAUUCUUCAGUUGUUGUAGGGACAUUAUUUUAAUGCUAAUAUUCAUUAAAAUGGCAAUACACUGAGAUAAUGUAGAUCAAUAUGUAUUUGGACUUAAUUUAUGCAUCGUUGUAACGUGUUUAUAAAAUCCACACAGAUACCGAUGCAUGCUCAAGCAUGGCCUUAGCAUUUCCCAGAACCCUUUCACAUACAAAACGUUUUGGAUUAGCUUGUGUUUUCUGAUAACUUAAAUUAAAAACUGCAAGUUUUAAUCAGUUAUUUACAUUACUAAUGUAAGGGUGUUAAAAUCAGUUGAAUUUUGGUAUUGUGUACAAUGUCCUGACAAUAUCUUGCAUAAAUACAAUUCUCAAACGCCUUGGGUUAAAUUUAUAUUUAAAGUGAUGUAGAUAGUGGAUGGACAAACUUAGAAGGAACAAAAAUACCGGCAGCAUUCUAAGGGUUAAAUUGCUAAAGUAAAAUGAAACGUCAUAUUUUCAAACUAUUUCCUCCAUUCUUAGCUCCUAUUUUUUUAAAGGAUAAAAAUUAUGUUAAUGUAACAAAACGACAAACAAAAAAGACGACUUUAGAUACAUUACUUAGUUGUUUGGUUCUAGUUUUGCAAAAUGAACAGGUGUUUUACCACGUUAAAACAAAUAGUAGUUAGUUAAAGAGUAAAAGCUUUGACAAUGUGUCCGGCUGUGUUCGAUUUCUUGGGAUGUGUGGACUUUGCAAAGACUUGCUCACGUUUAGUAAUGUAUGUUACUGAUAACCAAAUGCAGCAUGAUGCCAGUACUAACUGCAUGUGUAAAUAUAAGUGCAAAAAAAAGAAAUAUAUAACGUAUUGUCAUAAAUGUAGUAUCUAUACAUUUGUAAUGACUAUAAAGGAAAGAAAAGUGGAUGUGCAAUUUAAUAUUACAAUAAAAAUAUUCUUACCA